GUAGAAGCAGCUUUUGAAGGCAACUCAGAAUUCGAUAGUGUGAGAGUGGCUGCAUUUUUAAUCCUGUGUGUCUCUGUCUCACUCUUACAUGGAUGCCCUUUUGGCCUGCCUAUCUGAUAAGCAGAUCAAUGGGUUCUUUUGCCUCAAAUAUUAACCAUGGUGGAGGGGAGCAACAAUUGCCCUUAGUUCAAGGUGAUUAUACUUGUUGCAGCAGCAAUGAUGUGAUAAGUGUUGUUGAGACAUCACAGAAGAGAGAUGUGGAGUCUGAAAUGCAGUCCCAUUUUGGGAGGGAGCCAAAAGAUAUACUCAAUUCUCAAGUAGAACAAUGCCCAGUGCAUGACGAAGUCAUGAAGUUUAUAAAUCAUAUUCUUUGGAAGGUCCUAGAUAUGUGGUCUCUGAAACAAUCUGGCUUUACAAGCGCAAGUGCUCAAGAUCCUGAGGAGUUGGAAGGAAGAUCCGGCAACUAUGAGAUUUGAUUCUGCGGGAUCUGCUGAUGCUUUGGCAUUUACUUUGCAAUAUCUUCAAAUAAUAAAGUGCCUUGCAAAGAUUUAGGAACAUUUCCCCUAAGAGAAACUGGCAUGUUCUCGUGCAAUGGGAGGAUUAGACUAUAAACUGGCAAACCUUGAUCGGAGGAUUAAAGAAUUUAGGAGUCAAUUCAUAGGGUUUUCUCCAUAAGAGGAAUUGAAUGUCUUGGAGCUAAUGUUAGUGACUUGUGUCCUCAGGCUGUGUAAACUUGACAUAGGCUGUCACAUUCUUUCAUCGAAGAGGUUGACUGCAAUACUUUCACAUAUUGAGUCUCUCCUUAAAGAAAGCUCUGUCAUGCGAUCCAUCUUCGUGGUUGAACUCAGGAAAUUGUCAUCUGAAGUUGGCACCUCCAUAAAUGAAGCCUCCCAGGGUGCAUUGGAGUUUUGCAAGUGUCUGAAAUUCUUCUCCCUGAACCAGUUCGUAUGUUGUGGAACAAUCAGACAUGUACGAGCUGAGCUAAGUAUUCUCAAUAAUGACUUUAAACACCCACUUCCUUUUGUUUCAAGACUAGCAGUAGGUGUUAAGUGUGAUAUCACUCUCCACAAUAUCACCAGUGAUAAAAGGUUGUGGCUGAGCAUGACCAUGAAUGAUGAUGGUUUGCUGCAGUAUGUUCUUCUAGAUUAGAGGCUGUUUGAAGGCUCUAGAGGGGUGAGGAAUUCUGCAUUUGUUGCUCCCUUUCAUGGAACCCCAAAGGCUCGUUCUUUCAGCCUGAGGUUUGGAAUGUAUAGGUUGAGGGUAUGUAUAGGUUUGCGAUGUUCAUUUGAGGAUGCUAUUCCAAGGCAAACUUGUGGAGGGCCAAGACAUGAACUUACUUUUCUUUGUCCCGAAAAAGUUUAUCUUUCCAAUGUACUAAAGACUAAAUAACAUUCCCUGCAAUAAAACAUUAAUUUAUAGUGUUGUUUUUUGUGGGGUGAAA